UAGUUGAAAUCAAUUUAAAAGUGCCUUCAAAGGAAAGAGAAGAUUAAUUUGCUUCUGACAUUAACAUCUUGAAAUGCCCUUGUCUGUAUGCCUUUAGACCGUGUUUAAAACCUCUUGACAGAAUGAAUGCCUACAUGUUUUUAAGUUUGAAGUGAGUACAGUAUUGUGCAGAGCGCGAGCCUGGCUUCUGAAUGGUUAAACCUCACUAAUCAUAUGUAAAUACCAUUUACACAGCUCCUGUCAAUCAUACCAGAGGUCUCCAAUGGACUGGACAGAGGGGGAUAUAUAGAGACAGACGGCGAUUAGUUUGAUAGUGUGGUUUUCUUUAGUCUAUAUCGCAUGAUGGCUAUUCCUCAGCUGGGAUACGGGGAUGUGGUCACUGCCGGGAAGGGCUCUGCUCUGAGCGGUCUGCCGGCUGUGUUUGUGGAGAGACAGGCGGCGAUGCUGUCCUCUCCCGGAGCUUCUCUCAGUCUUGGAGUACCCCCACCUCUCCAUGCUCUCCUGGCCCGGUAUCCAGGCACAUAUCCAAUUCCACAAGGAUACAGUCUCCAGCCUUAUCCCGAUCUCAGGCACCUGUCCCACCUGGGGUCCGCCUAUGACCUGAAAGCUGGCUGCCUCUACUCGCAGGCGGGUUUCCCGCCAGGCGGCGCUCUUUACUCGCCUUACCGCCCCAUAGCGCACGGGGACCCGGGCCGAGCCAAGAACGCUACCCGGGAGAGCACCAGCACUCUCAAGGCCUGGCUAAACGAACACUUAAAGAACCCUUACCCAACCAAAGGCGAGAAGAUCAUGCUGGCGAUUGUCACCAAAAUGACCCUGACUCAGGUUUCCACAUGGUUCGCCAACGCCAGAAGGCGGCUAAAGAAAGAAAAUAAGAUGACCUGGGUCCCCAAGACCAAAUCGGACGAGGAGGAAAGUGAAAGCGAUGAGGAGGAAGGCAAGAAGGAGGCGGUGGAAGGAAUGCAGGACAAGGGGCAGCAGAGGCCGAGUGGCGAUGGAGACCCUGGGCAUGGAGCUAGAGAUGGCACUGACUGUGAACGGGGCAACGAUGUGAGGACAAGCUUGGAAGGAAGCGAGGGGAAAACCCCAGAAAGGGGAAUGUCUGAGGAGCAGGGUGCCGUGAGUAAAACAAGCAGCGCGGAGUCGAAAGACAGCACCGGGCCAGCGCUCAAACCCAAGAUCUGGUCUCUGGCUGAAACAGCGACCUCUCAGCACGGGAGAAGCAAUAGGGGCCAGGCAGGCACCGUCACUCACUACCAGAUCUGGGCAGGUGCCUGCUUCACAGAUGGACAGCUUGUGUUAAACAGUCAUUCCAGACUGGAGCCCAAAAGGAGAGACAUUGACCAGUGAGAAGGGACAAAAGGCGAGCCAGCAUCUAAUGUACAAAGUGAAAGUUUGAGCAAUUUCCUAAUGCACUUUUCAUCUGGGUUGAUGUGCUGUCUGUCUCUCUCGGUCGACGGUGAUUGGGCUGGGCUUGAGAGCGAUUCCACACACGUCUGUGUGCUCAGUACCUGGGGUGUGAGUGAAGCGGGUGGGGGCCUGUAAAAGAUUAAUUUAUAGUCAUUACCUUAAUACAAAGCACGGCAAUUAAUACCAGGCAGCACAAUUCACAUUUUAAGAACAUCUCCAGAUAAUUACUUCUAUACAAUGUUAAAACGCACAGGCCACAACCUGAGUAAAGUGGAAAUUCACUUAAAAAAUGCAACCAUUCCUAAAGUCUAAAAUAUCCACACGUAGGUGAUUACAACACUGGUCCGGCAACCUUACAAGUAAUCGUUGAUUCUAUUAGCCAACUGGCUGUACCACAGAGUUUAAAUUGGACAUAGAAAUCGAACAAAACUGCGGAUCUGUAAAUCAGGAACUAAAAUAGAAGUUGCUGGAAAAGCUGAUCAGGUCUGGCAGCAUCUGUGGAGAAAAAUAAAUCAGUGUUAACGUUUCGGGUCUGGUGACCCUUCCUCAGAACACCGGACCUGAAACGUUGACUCUGAUUUUCUUUUUUCUUCACAGAUGCUGCCAGACCUGCUGAGCUUUUCCAGCAACUUUGUUUUUGUUCAAAUUUGACAUAAUGGGCAGGUUAAAUGCGCAACAAAACGGAAGAGAUCUAUACUCUCUGCAUUCACUUUGCAGGGUCACCGAGAUUAAGCAUGAAGCAUUUGUCAGCGUCGGCCUUUUUAUAAAAAAAAGGGGCUUCGACAUAUAUCUGGGAUUUUUAAAAUUUAUUGCCGAGUCCCGGUUCCAGUGAAUCUAAUCCGAAGAUGCUGACGUGGUAGAUAUCACCACUAUAAAAGAGCUUAAUGCCACAGACGGCAUUUAUACAUUUAAAAAAACUUUUCACGCCCUGGUGCAUAGCUUCUUAUGACAGUCCAUCUCGCCUGUCUUUGAUCAGUGUUAAGCCAGUCCAAUUUGUAAGAGGCGGUACUGAAACAAUGACCUUAUAUAAACUGCCUUCUUGGAAACCAUUUGCAGGUGUUUUUACUCCCCCGAGAUUUUUGUUUUGAAACAUAAGAUGAACUAUGCUAAUGGGGAAUUUAUCAACACAACAGUUUAGAAGGGAAAACAACCAAAUUCCAGUUAGAGCACGGGAUUAGGAGCACUUCGUUUUCAAACAAUAAAAUCUAUCUAACACUCCUCAUUGGAAAUAUUCGUAUGAAAUUACAUCCAAAAUCUUGUAGUUUCGUGAGGUGGAAAUUACUUCAAUAAUGCAGAAGUAUUUCUCUCUAACAUUUAUAGUGAAAACAUUGCAGGACAAAAGUGGAAAUGUAGGUGCACUUUCUCCAGCGUCAGAGCAUCUUUGCGUCUGUUGGCCAUCACAAAUCUUAAGAUUCUUUAGUUUCUAAUCCUUGUCUAAACAAUAAUUGCCGCGCAGCCAGUUAAUGGUCCACUAACUUUCUUCCCAAAUCCAUGUUCAAAUUAGCCACUUGGUUUCCAUAAGCCGGAGGUUUUCUUACCUUGUCAUAGUUUAUGCGGUAUGUUUUGUAUAUUAAAAAUGUUUAUACGACAAAGAAACUGUGAAUAAACAUUGGGCUGUAAAAACUUUAUAUUUUGUCUAAUAAACGAAGCACGGGUCUUUCUCCUUG